CGGAUAUUUCUUUUUUCAUUCACAGUACCUUUAUCGAUAUUAACUACAUUAUUUUGAAUUAUGAGGAAUACAGUAUCUCAAGAGCCGUAAUGAACCUGUGACAUUUCGUUUUCUUUUUGGAUUAUUUAUUUCCCUUACAAACUGCCCGUGUACAACAUGCGAGAGUUUGAUGGACUUGGAUGCGCGUCGGCGGCGCGCAGGGACAGAAAGUGCGCGCGUCAAGAAUUUCUGUCACGCCGUGAACCGAGCGGCAGCGCUCACCGGAUUUACCGGGUCUUUAUCCUAAUGCUGCUCAUGUUUACUCCCACUGUGGACUCGUCUUGGUGGUACAUUGGCGCAUUAGGUGCACGGGUCAUAUGUGACAACAUUCCAGGGCUGGUGAACAAGCAGAGGCAACUCUGCCAAAGACACCCCGACCUCAUGCAAUCCAUCGGAGAGGGAGCCAAAGAGUGGAUCCGAGAAUGCCAGCACCAGUUCCGACACCAUCGCUGGAACUGCAGCACGCUGGAGCGAGACCACACUGUGUUCGGCCGUGUCAUGUUGCGCAGUAGCCGUGAAGCUGCAUUCGUUUAUGCAAUUUCCUCUGCGGGCGUAGUUUAUGCCAUCACCAGAGCAUGCAGUCAAGGAGAGCUGAAGAUCUGCGGCUGCGACACACACAGGAGAGGCCGAGCCAGCGAUGAAGAAGGGGACUUUGACUGGGGCGGCUGUAGCGACAACAUUAACUACGGUAUCAAGUUUGCCAAAGCUUUUGUGGAUGCCAGAGAGAGGAUGGUCAAAGAUGCCAGAGCACUGACGAAUCUGCACAACAACCGCUGUGGGAGAAUGGCAGUCAAGCGUUUUAUGAAGACUGAAUGCAAGUGUCAUGGAGUCAGCGGGUCAUGUGCUCUCAGGACAUGCUGGUUGGCUAUGACUGAUUUCCGGCGAACAGGGGACUACUUGAGAAAGAAGUACAACACUGCUGUGGAGGUCAUGAUGAACCAGGAUGGUACAGGCUUCAAGGUUGCAGACCGAGAAUACAAGAGAACAACCAAAAAUGAUCUAGUGUACGUUGAGAACUCUCCAGACUAUUGCCUAAUGGACCGAUCGGCGGGUUCUCUGGGCACAGCAGGACGGGUGUGCAACAAGUCUUCCAGAGGCAUGGACGGCUGCGAGGUCAUGUGCUGCGGCCGCGGGUACGACACCACCCGUGUAAAACGUGUGACCAAAUGCGAGUGCAAGUUCAAAUGGUGCUGCGCUGUCGAGUGCAGGGACUGCGAGGAAACUGUGGAUGUCCACACCUGUAAACCACAUAAGAAACCCGACUGGCUCGAUUUGACUUGACUGCCGUGAUCAUAACCAAUCAGCAGCUACUGGUGCUUUUCUGUUCUCAGGUUUUUAAAGUGGGCCAAUGCAUUGCAGGAUGUGUAGUUUAUGACUAUAACGCUCUGAUCUCCACUUGCAGAACCCUGAACUUUAUUCGCCUUCAAUGAUGCAAGCGUAGAGAUCACAGGCCAGUCUGGAGCACUGGUAGACGGUGGGUGUCAUGGGAAAUUAUACAAUGGGCAUUGUCUGGUGUUUUAUUGAACGAACUGUGAUCAGGACACAAUUCUUUCACUAUUUUCAAACUGUAAAACACCUUUAACUGAUAAUAUGUGUGCCUAUAUACAUCGAAUUAUGUUUUUGGACAGCUGUGAUAAAUGCAACAAUGCAGUUUUAGGGAAAGAACAAUGUACACAGCAUCAAGCUUCCUAAAGAACAUAGCAAUAAAUCGCAUUUCACGCCAAGAAUAAUUCCAUUUAAUUGUCCAAAAUGAUACUUUGAAGGGGCGAUGUAAAAAAUAUUGUUAAACAGUGAUAACUGAGUAACCCUUCAUUUACUUCAUGGACAAUGAUAUUAAUACUCAACUUGUGCAC